AUGUUCAUUUAUUUGAGAUUAAAUCCUAAUAAAAAAUGCAUCCUACAUCUGCAAAGAUUCUUAUCAACGGUUACAACACGUUUUGAUCCAUGUACUGGUUGUGAAAUACCUUGUACAACACAUGUGACUUAUCCACCGGAAAUUGUCAAAGAAAUUGAUCAGAGUAAUAUGAAUAAUUCCGUUGAAAAACAUCGUCGUCAUUUAUGUAUUGGACAACCAUUUUCACAUACUCAAUGGCCAAAACAUAUUAAAAAUUUACAAGAUGGUUAUAUAAAUGAAUUAGAAAGAAUAAUAACAGAAAAACAAUCUGAUAUUGGUUAUCCUGUUAAAUUAACAUCAGCAGUCGUAGAGUCGAGCAAUGAUUUGAAACAAACAGCUGAUUGGUAUUUAUUUCCAGAUCGAAUUAAAAUAAAUAAUGUAACUAUGAAACAAAUUGAACCAAUCAUUGAUAAAUUAUUUAUUAAAGAUCAAUCAAUUAUUAAAAUAAAACAUAAAACAAAAACAAUUGAACAACAACUUGAAGAAAAUAAUAAUCUACCUGUAUUUUCUGAACAGAUUACAUGUGAAAGACUGCAGGGUCUUUGGGUACUUGUCUGUUGUCAUAAUCAACGUGAUCACCGAUGCGGAGUAAUUGGACCAAUUUUGGUUGAUGAAAUAGAAAAAUAUAUUCAAAAAACUGAUCGUGUUGAUAAUGUACAUUGUUUAAAAAUAAGUCAUAUCGGUGGACAUAGAUUUGCUGGUAAUGUUAUUGUUUAUCCAUCGGGCACAUGGUAUGGUCGAGUAUUACCAUGUCAUAUACCAUUAUUAAUUGAUGCUCAUGUAGCAUCAUCAUCAUCGAAUGAUUUAAAAGAGAAAUUAAAACCACUUUUACGUGGAUAUUUAGAUACUAGUUAA